UGUGUGUGUGUGUGUGUGUGUGUGUGUGUGUGUGUGAAGUGAAGCUGAAACUGCAGAUUGUGGCCUGGCUUCGCUCAACACCAAGGAGGAAAGCAGGAUUGUUGGAGGUCAGACUGCGACUCCGGGGGCCUGGCCCUGGCAGGCCUACCUGCAGAUCCCAGUCAGCGGGAGCAGUACUAGCUUUUCUCUCUGUGGGGGGUCUCUGAUCAGCAACCAGUGGGUCCUGACCGCCGCUCACUGCUUUCAAAAGGGGACUCCGGCGGUCCGUUGGUCAGUAAAAAUGGAACAAGGUGGGUCCAGGCUGGAGUUGUUAGUUUUGGAGACGGCUGUGCCCGGCCCAAUAUACCAGGAGUCUACGCCCGGGUCUCACGAUACGAGUCCUGGAUCAGCAGCACGGUCACUGGACAACAGCCGGGAUUUGUCAACAUUCAGAACACGUCGGUUCUUGCAGUGGUUUCACCAGGAUCAUCAGGAGCGGGUCACUUCAGCUCCCUGUCCAUCCCUCUGCUGCUGUCCGUCAUUCCUGUUGUCUUCUCUGUCUUUGUCCUCUCAUGAGCCUCACCUGGGCAGGUCAAACCAUCAGCCGAGCGUUCAAAUAUACAGCAAAUAAGGUUUUGCACAUAAAUUCUGAUAUUUCCUCUUCCUGACUCAUGCUUUUAUUUUACAAAACAAACAAAUUUAAACCAGCUUUCUGCAGCUAUUAGUUAGCACUUCACUACUUUUAGCUUUAGCUAGCAUGUUGCUAAUCUUUGCGUCUAGCUAUCAUUUUGCUAAUUUAGCAGUAAGCUAGCUUUUUGCUAUACUGUCAGGCUGGCUAUAAAUAACUAGUCCUUUGCUUCUUUGAAUGUUUUGCUGGCAUUUUGCUACUUUAGCUUUAGCUAUCAUCUUGCCAAUUUAGCCUCUAGCUAGUUUUACAUGUUUAGCAAUGAGAUAUUUUUGCUCCUAUUAGGUUUUAGCAACAGUUUAGCAACUUUUAAUCAGUCCUUUGCUACUUUAAAUGUUUUUGCUGCUAUUAGCUUUAGCUUACUUUUGACCAAGUUUAGCUUCUAGCUACCAUUACGUUCAUCCUGCAAUCAACUAGAGUGUUGCUACUUUCCAUUUUCAGCUAAAAUUUUAUUACAUUUAGCUGCUGUCUUCUUACAUUUUGCUAGUUUAGACUUUUGUUUGAAAUUUUGUUUCUUUUAGCUUUUAGCUAAUGUUUUAUUUCCUUUAGCUUUUACUGCUUCCUUUGGUUGACCCAAAAUAUUCCGUUUAAGCCUCUUUAACAAAACAUUUGAGCUUGUUCUCCUUUUUUCUAUAGUUUUUAUUUAUUGUAAAACAAUAAAGUUUGCAAAGU